AUGUACCAAUGCAGAGAGUUCAAAGCUUUAAAUGGAAAUUAUAUAGACAGAGAUGUGGGUGAAAGAAGUAAGGAAAUUGAUCUGCCGGAUAUAGGACAAGAGAAUCAGGAAAACAACGACGAGUUAGACACGACGACCUCCAGCGAAUUCGAAACAAAUCAAACACGCGCACCCCCAAACGACCCAAGCGACGAAUCAGCUACCACAAAGAAUACUGAAAAGAAUCUUUUCUCAUCGAUAAUCUCCAAAAUUAUUAUUUUCAUUAAACUAUUCUUUGAUAUUAUAUUUUUUUUACUAAUAUUAAUAAUUUUUAUUUCAUUUACUAUACUUUUUUCCUCACAUCCUUUAAGAAUAGGGUUAAUAAUCUUAAUACAAACUUUACUACUAUCAUUAAUUUUAGGGGUAUAUGCUAAUACUUAUUGAUUUUCUUAUAUUCUUUUUUUAGUAUUUCUUGGGGGAUUAUUAGUCUUAUUUAUUUAUGUCUCAAGAAUUGCAUCAAAUGAAAUAAUAAAAUUCUCCUUAAAAAUAAUUUUUUUUAUAAUAACUUUUUUAAUAAUAAUUUUUUCAAUUUUAAAAUUAAUAAACUAUAUAAUUUUUUUAGAUAAUUAUAAUUUUCUAAAUAAUGAAAUAAAUAAAUUAAAUAAUUACUUUAUAUUUUUUAAUGAAAAUAAAAUAAAAUUAACAAAAUUAUAUAACUCUCAAACUUUUUUAAUAAUUAUAAUAAUUAUUAUCUAUUUAUUUAUUACUUUAAUUGCUGUUAUUAAAAUUACUAAUAUUUUUUUUGGGCCACUACGAUCAUUUAACUAA